AUGACGCGGCGAGCCAAAGAGCGACGUACCAUGCGCGUGCACGCCAAGCAGCAGCUCGAAGAAGAGCGACUGCUGCGGGACAAGCGCUUGCGCUCGCGUGCGUCGUGGAAGCAGCUCUUGUCGACUAUCGACGGCCCCAGCUCCAGUCGGCACGUGUACAAUAGCUGCAGCAGCAGCAGCGAGUCGCCCAUUGUCGAUGAGCUGCAGUGGAAGAGCUCGCAGGUGCCCAUUGCCGCUUCGGGCAAUUUUCAGCUCCCUAUCAAGCUGGACGCACGCAAGGGACAAUUGCUCUAUUCGUUCCGUACCAGAACGUACGACGUGACAUUUGGCGUGCAGAUGAUCUGUGCCGACGGGAGUUUGAUUCAACUGUUGGAGCCGCGACGCUACGAGAGUCAGAAGCAGCACGUAGAAGGCAAAUUAGCUCUCACCGGUCCUGCCAUGGUGCUCUUAUUGUGGGACAAUUCCUUCUCGUGGGUCAACACCAAGCAAUUGGCGUACCACGUGGAGCUCAAGCAGGAGAUACUGCUAGUGUCGGAGGCAGAGAAAACGCAAAUGGCACUUCAAGCACGGCUGACGAGGCAGCAGGAGCUCUUGCAGCGUGAAAGCGAGUACGACGGACUCGAGACGCAGGUGCAGACGGAAGCACAGACGAUCGAGUUGCUGCGGCAUCAGAUCGAAGAGCUGCAGACGCAGCUUGAGCAACGCGAGGAAGCCAAGGAAAACAUUGCCAGGGAGAAACACCUAGUGGGCGAGCAUGUGGAAGAUCUUUGCUGGGAACUACAGGCGCUGAGCUGGCGAUGCCUUGACGAAGCGGCGCGGUGUCGUAUUCUGGAUUGCUUGGACGCAAAAGACCUGAUCGCAUGGUCGCUUACAAGCAAAAAGUGGUUUGACAGAGCGAGCACGUAUUUGGCCAAUAGACGCAAAAGCGUCGAAUCAAAUGAACAAGCUUCUGCGUGA